AUGCCCGCCUUGGAACUGGGACAGUCCAUCCCGCCAGACACUGCUCAUGCAGUGAGCGUUCAGCUUCCUACGUGGAAGGCAAAUGUCGGCUAUGAAGAGGGAGAAUCAUGGGUCGUCGAUAAGAUGACCACCGGCUAUCCCAGAUUCUUCAUUCAUAAGAGCAUUGUAGCCUUGGCUGAAGAUCUAAUUGCCCAGCAUGGCCCUUCGGGCCAGAAAGCCAUGUUGUUUCCCACCCCUCGUAUUGCGAGAAGGUGUCUGGCCUUUGUAAAGAAACACGCAGAUGCCUCAAUUUCUGCCGAUGCCACCGUCAUUGAUUUCGGACUCGACAUGACCAAGGAUGUUUCACCGCUCUUGCGCUCUCUGUCACCCACUGUCUCUGCUGUGGUGUAUGCCCCCGAGGUGUUCCCCUUUGCCAAGCAGUACUGGCAGCAUACAGGAGACGGAAUCUCAAGCCGAAGGGCCGAGUUCUGUCACGGCCUAUUGAAGGAGGGCCUCUUUGUUCCCGUGGCAAGGCCUAACUCGCCAGUGGGAAAAGCCCACAGGGGUCCGAAGAGAUACCACCGCCCAUCUUCCAUCGACGAUACCAAGACGGCUCACCACCCAGCGGCCAAGGUGAACCCCCAGAGUGCGUUUGAAACGCAAGAAAGCCUGCGCUUCCUCGAGGAACGCUUUGGCCGUAACCUCGACCUGUCCCUUGUCGAGCGCGCCAGGUCGGCCAUCAAGCGUAGAAUUGCGGGCGCCAUGGCUGCCGACAUGGAGGCCAGCAUCAGCUCACUGCCUCCCAUGGGAGAAAACGCCAGAAACCAGAAGGACCUGCAAGAGAGCGACGUAUACCUAUUUCCCUGUGGCAUGAAUGCCAUCUACAACGCACACCGGGCCAUGCUGCGCGCUAGGGGUGAUCUCCAAUCUGUCAACUUUGGCUUCCCCUACGUCGAUACGCUCAAGAUCCUGCAAAAGUUUGGUCCUGGUUGUCUCUUCUAUGGGCGCGCUUCAGAGGAGGACCUUGACGAUCUCGAAAAGCGCCUGGAGAGUGGCGAGCGCUUCCUGGCGCUCUUUUGUGAAUUUCCCGGCAAUCCUCUCCUAACCUGCCCCAACUUGGCGCGGAUCCGUACCCUUGCAGACAAGUAUGAUUUCGGCGUCGUUGUGGACGAGACCAUCGGCAGCUUCAUCAACAUUGACGUACUACAAUACGCAGACAUAGUCGUAAGCAGUCUGACCAAGAUAUUCUCGGGCGACUGCAACGUCAUGGGUGGCAGUGCUAUCCUGAACCCAAGCGGCAAGUACUAUCAGGCCCUCAAGGGUGCUUGGGUCGAGGACCUGGAAGACACGUACUGGCCAGAGGACGUCGUUUUCAUGGAGCGGAACAGUCGCGACUUUGCAUCGCGUAUUGAGCGCAUCAACGAGAGUUCCGAGACCAUUUGCGACAUCCUCUCGGCUCACCCGCUGGUGAAAUGUGUUUACUACCCGAGAGUCAAUCCGACUAGACCCAACUACGAUCUCUGUAAAUUGCCCGGUGGGGGUUAUGGCGGGCUUCUGUCCGUUACGUUUCACAAGACGGCUCACGCCAUUGCGUUCUUCGACGCCAUUGAGACAGCCAAGGGGCCGAGUCUGGGUACGAACUUUACUCUGACGUCGCCCUAUGUACUGCUGGCGCAUUACCAAGAGCUUGACUGGGCUGCCGGUCUAGGUGUUGAUCCGGACCUCAUUCGCGUCAGUGUCGGCCUAGAGGAGACGGAUGAGUUGCAAAAGAUUUUCACCAGUGCUCUUGAAGCGGUCGAAAAAUCCCAAGAUGCUUGA